CUCAACCACAUACCCCAACGCCAUAUCAGUAAUUACAAAUCUCUCUUCCUACAUGCACUUCACAUUAUAAACAAUAAACCAACAUUAUUAUUGUAUAAUCACUAGCUAGUAGAAGCAAAAGGGUUUGUAUUGUUGGUUUUGUUAAAGAGAAUUAGAGGGAAUGGAAGAAGAGGGUGAUAUAAUUGGGAAAGCUUUUGUGGAACAUUACUACCAAUUGUUUGAUAAUGAAAGAGCUUCUCUUUCAUCUCUGUAUCAGCCUGACUCGAUGCUCACUUUUGAAGGGCAACAAAUUUUAGGAGUUCAUGAUAUCUCCUCAAAGCUUCAGCAAUUGCCAUUUGAACGUUGUCGACAUGUGGUUAGCACUAUAGACACGCAGCCCUCCUCCGUCCACGGCUCCAUCCUCAUCUUCGUCAGCGGUAGCAUUGAGAUACCUGAAGAAGAACACCCACUCAGAUUCAGUCAGAUGUUUCACUUAGUACCAUCACCAGAAGGCAACCUUUUCGUUCAGAAUGACAUAUUUCGUCUCAAUUAUGGUUAGAUGGUUGAGCCCUGAGGGUCCUUUCUCUCUUUCUUUCUUUCUUUCUUUCUUUCUUUCUUUGUAGUUUGUACCCACACACUACAUUUCAACACAUAAACGUUGUAUUUUCAUGGAUUUUAUUUUAUAUUUUGCUUCUUAUACUAUGACUUUAUCAAUGAUAAAGAUUAACAAGCAACUUCCACCACCCAACAUUUUAAAAUUUUCAAUUGAAAUUGUAGAAGGACCAAAACAGUUUCAUAGUUUAAAAUGUGGAAGUACAUUUGGUUACCGCUAAUUAUUAAUAAUAUUUAUUGUUGUUUGAUUACUAA